AUGAAAAUUGGAAGCGAACACAACAAUAUGGUGAUUAUAAGUGAUUACAUGCGGCACGAUACAGCAUUUGUUCACGGUGCACAACGUCUUAUUGUCGACUUUCUAAGGAAGCAUUAUCCUCAAGUAAAGAAAAUCAAGUAUUUAAGUGACGGUGCACCCGCCCAUUUUAAAAAUCAUUUUAAUAUGAUUAACCUUCAGCAUCACCAGUAUGAUUUCAAUAUGUCCGCUUCUUGGGCAUUCUCAGCGAGUGGUCAUGGUGAGAGCCCAUGCGAUGGUACCGGGGCAGCGGUUAAGUCAAGUGCUAACCGAGCUGUACUUCUUGGUGAUACAUUGAUUUCGUCUAUAGAAGAUUUUUUAAAUUUUACUAAGAAAUCUAACGAAGAUGCAGCAAAUUUAAGCUAA